AGAGCGAGAAUGUAUUACCAUAGGUCUCUGAGUUUUGGAUUUCUGCUGGCGCUCUUCCUUCUCCUGGGGCUUUCUCAUGUGCCAUCAGGAACAUCUGAGGCAAUUGGAGGAGUCGCCAUUAAAGCUGAAGGGGCAAGGUGUUCGAGGGAAGACAUAGAUAUAUAUGAAGGGCAAGGGGAUCCUCUACCGAAUGGAAUUCCAACGUACACAGUGAACAUAGUGAACGUGUGCAGCACAGAUUGUUCGAUCUCCGAAAUUCAUGUCAGCUGUGGAGACUUCAGCUCUGCUCGUCUUAUUAACCCCGCAGUGUUCCGCCGUCUCUCUCCAAACAACUGCCUCGUUAACGAUGGUAGAUCCCUCGCCCACGGUCAAAGCAUCUCCUUCGUCUAUGCCAAUACCUACAAGUACCCUCUUGCCGUCUCCUCCGUCAGUUGUUGAUCAUCGCCACUACCUUCUCUCAAGAUCAAGAAGGAGAGGAAGACGGAAGUACCACAUGACAUUAACUUGUCAUAUAAAAAUAUCGGAGGAAGCAGAUUUGAGCCUCUGGCUGUGGGGGUUGGGGAAGGUUAACUAUGUUAUGAGCUUGUCUUACUUACCUUUUGUUAUCAAAAUUAAGGAAAUAAAA